GAGCUCUUCCGAGAGCACUCAUGUGCUGUUUGUUUACUUUUUGAUCUCUGUUGAUAGCAGAUUAGAAAUGGAUUGAUGACCAAAACUCAUUGACAGUCAAAAUGGCUAUAGUUUUGACGUUGAUAGUGUCAUCUGUCAUUUUGUUUUCUAUAUACUUCUUGGCUACUAAGUUUUCAGAAUGGUUUUUGUGGACAUCAAAAAGAAACAAAAUGAUAGAAAGUUUUCCAGGAAGACCGGCUCAUUUGAUUUGGGGAAAUCUCAAAGAAUAUCCAGGUCCAAACGAGGCAGGUUUGCAAUGGGCUCGAGAAUGGGUGGCAGAAUUUCCAUGGGCAUCUAGAUUUUGGCUUGGACCUUUUAUUCCACUCAUUUGUGUAUAUCAUCCUGAUACAACAAAAUUAGUUUUAAAGUCCUCAGAGCCAAAGUCCCGUAAUGCUUACCGCCUGAUAGAGCCAUGGAUUGGGACAGGAUUAUUGGUAGCUAAUGGAGGUAAAUGGAAGAGGAAUCGUCGUCUGCUAACUCCAGCUUUCCACUUUGAUGUUCUCAAAUCUUACCAAUUAAUAAUGAACAAGACAUCAGAUAUUUUGCUGACUAAACUUGAGAAGUAUGCCGAAACUGGUGAGAUAUUUGAGGUGUUUUCUAACAUUAGUAUGUUUACAUUAGAUACCAUGCUUCAGUCAGCUUUUGCUUAUGAAAUUGAUUGUCAAACCACAGGGGAACACGAUCCUUACGUUGUAGCUGUACAUGAACUUGUAGAACUGGUCACAGAAAGAUUUCUGAAACCAUGGCUUCACAAUGACCUUAUAUAUCUGUUGACCCCAGAUGGUAGAAAGUUUAAGAAACAUUGUGACUUUGUACAUAAAGUGGCAGAGGAUAUAAUAUCAAAAAGGAGAAAAGCUAUAAAAAAAGAAGCUAAAGGUUAUUCUCAGAAGAAGAGCUUAGAUUUUUUGGACAUACUUUUAUCAGCUAGAGAUGAAAAUAAUCAAGGAUUAACAGAUUUAGAAAUCAGAAAUGAAGCUGAUACAUUUCUGUUUGAAGGACAUGAUACAACAGCUAGUGCCCUGUCCUGGGCCUUGUAUUCCCUGGCUGAACAUCCAGAGAUUCAGAAGAAAUUACAGGCUGAAGUAGAUGAGGUUCUACAGGGAAGGGAUACAGAUGAAAUUCUCUGGGAUGACUUACCAAAGCUGCAGUACACUACUAUGUGUUUAAAGGAGGCAAUGAGGUUGCACACCCCUGUACCCUUUAUCCAGAGAGAACUAACAGAGCCAAUGGAGUUAGAUGGACAUGAAGCACCUGCAGGGACACAAAUCAGUAUUAUGUUAUAUAACUGUCAUCAUAAUCCACUCGUCUGGCCAAAUUCUAUGGACUAUAUACCAGAAAGAUUUUCUCCAGAAAAUGUAGAGAAGAGAGAUGCAUAUGCUUUUGUACCAUUCUCAGCAGGUCCAAGAAACUGUAUUGGACAACAGUUUGCUCUACAUGAGAUGAAAACAGUGCUUGCCAAAAUAUUUAGAAGAUACUCAUUGAAAUUAGACCCUACUCACAAGGUGGAGAAAUAUGAAACAUUGGUUAUGAGGUCACAGACUGGUAUAAAGAUGAAGGCAUUUAGAAGAUAAUUACCAUUCAAAUCAAAUAUUAAUGUCAUUGAACAACUUCCUACCUCCUUUUUAAAGAGGUUGCAUCAUCAACUCUAACAUAAUUGAAUUGAUGAAAGUGUUUAAUGACUAUAUUUUUAUACUGUUAAUUGUGUUUUUUAUCAAUAAUUUAAUUAAUAAGCCAUAAUAUGUUUUUUAUUUUAUUAUUGUUUUGAUGAGAAGUGGAAUCAUGUGUGAUUGUGAGAAGAGAAAUUAAUAUUUUUUAUGUUCUCAUUCAUUCCUCAACAGAACAUAAAGUAUUAAAUCCUUAAACCACAACACUUAAGCUAGUAGUAAAAAACAAAAACACCAUACCAUUAUGGGAUCAGCUCGCCAGGUGUGCAGCAAACUUUAUUAGAUUUAUUAAACAAGAAAAGUCUGUCACAUGACAUCUGCACUGGCCGCUGCCAUGUUGAAAAAUCUACAAAUACAAAACAGAAACAGUCAGUAUACAAAUAAAUGAAAACAAAAAUAUAUAUUCACCAUACAAAUAUUUAUGGGUGGGAGAUUGGGUUAGCUGCACUGACAACUGAGCAAUGAUUAUGAAGUGUAGUUUGAUAAACAAAGAAACUAGUAUUCCCACUUUUGAAUUUUGUUAAUUUAACAUUAGUUACAGGUCCAUUUCCGACCAACGAUAAAAAAACUAAUAUACACAUGAAUGGUCACUAGAAUAAGGUAACCUAUGCACAAGUUUUAUACAAUGGGGAAUAAAUACAUUUGUACGAUGUGAAUGUAUAUGCACAUUUUGUCAAUAAUUAAAAUGUCUAUAUUUUUGUUGCAUUAUUAUUUAAAUAUUAUUCUGUUUUCAAUUAAAAAAAAGGUUUUGUUUAUUUUGGAUAAUAUUAUAAUAUAAUCAAAUAAUAUCCAAAUUGAUAUUUUAGAUUUUAUUUUUAUAAUAUGAGGCAAGUGCUACCUGUGCUGGAUGAAGUUCCUUAUUAUUUUUGUGAUACUUUUUGUAAUCAGAUAAAUACAAAUUAGCAGGAAGUUGUAUGCUUUACAACAUGGCAGCCUCCAUAAACAGCAUGAAUGGGCAAAUGCAACUGUUCCAAAUUUCAUGGAUUCAUUAGUAUAUUGAUUUUUUUUUAUUGAUUUUCUUACUGUUAUGAGAACUACCUCUGGAAAUUUCUCCUCUAUACAACAUAUCCAUGGUAAGGGGUCUUUUUAUAGAAUUAAUCUGAAAUGCGCUUUAAAAGGUUUCCAGUUAGCACUACCCCCCCCCCCCCCCAAAAAAAAAAUGUCUGAAAACACAAAUUACCAUAUGCUGUUUCAUAAUUGAUGUACUAUGGUAUAAGGGUAUCCCACUCGUAAUACAUUCAUCUAAACUGUAAUAUGAAUAUGAGAUAAAGCUUAUUAUUUUGAUAAAUAUAUAUUUUGUCAUGUGGUUUGAAAUCUUAUAAAUUUUGUACCAAAUUCUUUAGAAAUUUUUGUACCAUAGAUAUGUUUAAAGCAAGUUAACUUCAAAAUUUAACCUUGAUUACUACAUAUGUAUGUACACUUUAUUGUUUUAAAUUAAUGCUACAGGUAUGCAGAGGAAAUUGUUUGAUUAAUAUAUGAAAUAAAUUUACAUUUGUUUGUU